UCGAGGGUGUCUGUUUGAAUAGACACGUUCGUGUCGCUUGGAUCUUACAAUCGAGCGACCAAGAUUGCUCAAAUGUUUGACGUGUCGAAAAGAAACAGUCUAAAAAAGGCCAAUAAUCGCUUGGGAUUUGUGAUAGAGGAGGACUUUUAAAAAUAGACAUUUGAAAGGUCAACCCUUGUUCCAAGGCUAAAGGUUGAAAACACUAAAGUGACUUGGGCAGAUUUUUUUUAUUACUGCGAUUAUGAAGUUGGGGACGGGAGCUUCAAGAUGGCGACUACUAGCGUUAAACCAAGCACACAGAAAGCCCGCAAGGGCUCUGUCACGGGGAGUUUACCUGGUUUGCUAACAAGAACUGGCUCAAUGGCUGACCAGACACUUCUUGGAGUGCUGAAUAUUCUAAGACUCGACGAGAAUGCUGGAAAUACAUUCCUUGUUCGCGGAAUUCUGCCCGAUGGAAACCCACGACUCUUGAGUGCAGAGAGAGGGAUGACGAUAAGAGACCUUGUUCAGGGAAUCGCCAAGGAGUUCAACCUUGACAACAACUAUCAAGUCCGAGAGCUACCCUCCAAGAAUAUUUUGAAUUUAGACGCCAACGCACUUGGAAUUGAAAACUCAGAAAUUGCAAUAGAGGAUGUUGAUAGAAGGAUGUCAAACUUCGAGCUGGAUAAUGUCCAUUCAAUAAAAGACCCUCGUUUACGCUGUGUGAAGGAGCUACUUUUUAAGGAGGAGGCUUUCGCCAGUGACCUUAAGUGCUUGUUUGAAGUCUAUGCAGAACCACUAAAGAAAUGGGGGAUGACUCGUGCCGAGUACCAAACCGUGUUUGAACCCCUUGAGACCAUCUGUACCCACAACGCAAAGCUCUUUCGAAUGCUGGAGGACGCCGUCAGAGUCUGGAAUACUGCAACAACGCCCAUCGGUGGAAUGUUUGUCGAACUUGAGAUUCUGUGGGCAACAUAUAGUGAUUACUUCGUCGCCUACCACAACACCAGGGCGUUUCUACGUCACAAGCGCGAGCACGACUUCGAGUUCCAGGUUUUCGUAAACCUGCAGCGAGGGUCGCGUUACCCGCACAUGGAGAUGCUGCUGCUAAGACCGCUGCAACACGUGACCGAUUACGGGCGAAUCCUGUCAAGCCUAUUUGACAAGACGUCACGUGACCAUCCCGACUACACUGACCUCGACCGCGUGGUUACCAAGUUCAAAUCUAUAAUAUAUCAACGCGAGGACGAGCUUCAUGCUUUUGAGAACGAGGUCAAGAUAACUCAAGUACAGGACCGCUUUCCACACGACAAUCUUUGUAUUACCGAAGGCGAGUCAAACCAGAGAUACCGUUAUCAUGCGCACCGUAGACGAUCCGCUCCUUCUGCGUCCAUCAAAUCCUCGAUUUCCGUCAAGCCAUUAUCAUCUACUGUCAAACCGAAUAGCCCAACUGAAGCCCCAGCUAAAAUCAAAAGCAUAUCUGAGCCAGGCCCCCCUGAAGGAUUACAAUCUUUUGAUGUACCAAUUUUAACUAGACACUUCGUUCAGGAGGGGUCUGCACAAUUGUCUGUGGGGAUCUCCAGCCAGGAUCGUCACCUGUUUUUGUUUAGUGAUCUUCUCAUUAUCGCCAAACCAAAGACCCCAGCGACUUACAAACUGAAGCAGCGCCUACGCCUGACAGAGUUAUGGCUCGGGAGUUGUAUCGACGAAGUGUGUGACACUAUCAAGUCACGUGACAAGUCUUUUGUUCUCGGUUGGCCAACUACAAACUGCGUACUAUCGUUCAAUACCAUCGAGGAGAGAGAUGCAUGGUACAUCGCCUUAGCAAAAAAUAUCACGAUACAGAAGGAUAUAGAAGAGCCGCGAACGCUGUCCCUCAAAGUCUACAACCGAGAGAUGGAGUCACCAGAUUCGUUCGGUUUCUCCAAGUCGUUCACUGUCACUAACACAGAUGACGCUUGCACAGUGCUCCGUUACGCUAUAGAUCAGUUCCAAAUCCAGACGGAAGACCCGACUGAGUAUCAACUAUGGGUGCUUUCAGGGAGAGAGGAGGGUGCAUGCCCACUUAUUGGGCACGAGUUUCCGUUCGCCAUAAAGAUGAGCCAUAUUCGCGAGGGCUCCAGUUCGGACGAGGAAGGGUGCGCGUUCGACUACGACCAGCAUCUCCCCGCCAUGGACCCUGUGUCGCCACAGACGCAGUGCCAGUUUAUACUAAAGCGAAGGAGGAAAGCUGUAAAGAUUACAUCAACACUCGUCUUGAGCCAGAUGAACACGAAGAACCGCCAAGUAGUAACUCCCGUAAUCACUCGCAAGGCACAAAGUGAGAUAAUCCUAGAGGUGCAGCCACCGAGCAAGAAAUGGAAGAACCCAAUCAAGAAGUCUCCUAUCAUCAACUGGGCGAUGCACAAGAAGACUUCAGGUGCCAAGCCUCACAGUAACGACAUCCAACCCGUCUCACCGGGAAGGUUAUUCGGUCUACCGUUACAAGAUUUGUGCACAGACGAGGAGCCAGUGCCCAAGCCAAUCGAGGAGCUGAUGCGACACAUGUUUCGUUACGGCCCUGGCGUGACAGGAAUUUUCCGUAAAUCAGCGAACGCACGACGCGCCAAGGAGGUCAAACAGGAAUUGGACUCGGGGAAGGAAGUUUUAUUUGAAGAAGUAUCGGUCAUUGUGACUGCAUCUGUUUUAAAGGAGUUUCUCCGACGGUUGCCUGACUGUAUAUUGGAUAGCGAAUAUUACGACGAUCUUGUCGCGACGAAUAACAUCGAGAACGACGCCGAGAGAGCGCAACAAAUCAAACUAAUUCUAGAAAAUCUCAGCGUGUACAGCAUCGAGAUCUUGAAACGCUUCCUUUGCGUGCUCUACCACAUUGCCGACAACGCGGACGUCAACAACAUGACGGCUUAUAACUUGGCAGUAUGUGUCGCUCCCAGUAUGCUUUGGGCGCCCAAGGGGUCCAGCGUUGCUGCAACUGAGCAGUCGUCCGCUGUGCCCCCUGUAGUACAAUUCAUGAUUGAACACUUCGUGGAUAUCUUUGGCGAGAAUGUUCUUAACGUGUUGGGAGAUCGUAGUGAAAUUGUCAUGAAUCAGGAGUCUUUAGACGUCGAGAAUGGCGUCGAAGGAAGGAUUUUUCACAGUCAGUCUUCUACUGAUGAAGGGUUGGACUCACCAGAGCCUCUGAGCCCUAAAGGGGAGAGGUCUUCUCUUCAUUUGAGCGACUCAAACUUGUACGAUGGAGACUCAAGGAAUAGGAAUCUGUUGUCUGCGGGGUUUCCUGAUAGGAAUAGCAUCAGUAGCCCGAAUUCCGCUUCCGGCUCGCCUAACUCAUCACCAGUCUUACGCAGACACGACAUGGACAUGAAUCAGCUCCGUGCGGCGUUUUACGAACCGCAAUCGAAUAUCGGUCGAAGGUGUUCGGAACCUGUCGGGAGCGGUCCGGAAUCAAUAAAAAUGCGGAUUAAGGGGAGUCGGAAGUUUCCGAAAAUGCGACGACAGCUUAGUAGUACCACGACGAGCGCGGAGCUUAUCGAGCACAAACAAUCCAAGACGACACCGAGCGGUAGAAAACUUGAGACUGCGAUACUUCGUCGCGCGCACUCUCCGCAAACCGUACAGGCGUUACCUGUGACGGAAAACGUCACAGCAUACCCACGCCUGAACCCCACCCCUACCUAUCUCGCGUCUGUGAACCGCGUUCCCGAAUUCAAACACGCUGCUGUCAAAACCCAGGGAAGCACAAGUAGUGAGCCGGAUGUGACGUCACCUGGCUCGCCCGUGCAGCGGUCACCUUCACCUACGCCCGAUCAAGUGUUCCAAGCAGUGGAUCGAAGGCGGCAGCCCGCGGCUCCCUCGUACCACCAACACAUGCUAAGGAAAGUGGGCAAUAAGCCGCAGUUUUUCCAGGGGGGUGGCGAGGGGAACGGGAAUGCGCCAUCUGGUAAGGAAGUCGAAGAGGAUUCGGAGGAGCGAGACCCAUGGCAACAAAGGGCUGUCGAUCGUUGUGAUCGCUCGGUAAGUGUUCCGAGCACGAGUGCUUUCCGACGACCCGAUAAGCUUGAUUUGUCGCAAAGUGAACCCACCACGCCGGUGAAAUCUACCUCCCCCUUCCCGCUCAACAGCCCAGAUCAGAACUGGCCUGAUCAUAGAGACGAUACUAGCACAAGCUCCGGGGGGUCCACCUCAAGGAGACUUGAACACUCGCCAUUCGGACUUAACUUACACCACAGGAGGACCACCAGCGAAGGUGGGAAAAGAGUCCAGCGCACUACGGGGACGGGGUCUCAGCUGAGAUCAACGUUGAACAAUAAACAGUGUUUGUACAAUGGGGGUGGAUCGCCGCAUUUCCCGCCCUCGGAAUUCUUCCCCCAAGAAGCCACUAGGGCUAAACCUCCAUGGGGCAAUGAUACGGAGACAUCUUUUAACGUUAGGAACACCACCACGACAUACAUAUCGAGAAUGGGGACGAGCGAUCGAGCGGUAGAGCUUCGGCGCGGAAGCCAGACCUCUUCCUCAUCUUCAGUAUCGAGCAUGGACGAUCGAUCGAGCGUCGGAGCCGACUCGGUUUCCGAAAAUAAAACCGACGUGACUCAAAUUCGCGAUCUGAAGGACUUGUUAAGCGAGCAGGCCCAGGCGAACGGGCUUAAGAUCAGCGCGGAGACGGCAGAGGAGAUCGCCAAGGUGAAAGAGAUCUGGAUACCGAAGGAUGUUCCAUCCACGGACUACACAUCACCUUCCCAUGAUGACAUAGAGAAAAUGAUGUUUACCGAAGAGUCGUAUGUUUAGACUGUUGUUAGAGGCGUCACGUUACGAGUUGUCACGCAGUCGGUCUUGACGUCAUGCAACGUACGUCAGAACCUGACUUUAGGUGUCACGCAAGCAUCGACUCAAUUGGUGCCGUGGAUCCACCUGUCGAAACUCCGGAUCCUUGAUGUCCUACGAUCAAAAUAAUGUUUCUCCUCACUGUUAUGGUAUGCUCCUCGUAGACCGUUUUCACGAUGUUGCGCGCAUCCAAGAUGUCACAGACUUGCGGGCCACGGCUGAUUCAAAACGCAGACGAAGGGGAAUUUGACUCUGAAAUUUCUCGAAAGAAGCGCUCUGACAGCAUGUUCUAUAGUUUCAUCUGUAAAGACCUCUUCGUGUGCCGUUUAAGAUCAGCUAGGGCUCUAAGUCUGUGGCAUUUUGGAUGCGCGCGCAACAUAAUAAAAACGGUCUAUUUUUCUCUUUAUAGCCAAAUUUCUGCUAACGAGGUAUCCGUAAUUCAAGGUGUCCUUAAUAUAGGAAUAGGUGAAGUAAUGUUCGUUUGGCAAAAGUUGACUAUAUUAUGGUGUGCAUGUUUAGUCCAGGCAUUUUAUUGUUUUAAAAUAAAAAAAAUAAUUUGAUAUAGCAUAUUAAUACUUCACAUUCUUAUUCGCUAUAUUUUACACUUAAAUAGAUAAUGUCUAUAUCUAAUAAGGAUAUUAAUAACAAUUCAAAGUAUAUCAAAUAUGGUAGUGCCUACUAGAUAUGGAUGUCUUUGUGGCGGCUAUAAACAUUUAUUCUAUCAGCUAUUUUGUACUCUUUUAUUAUAUUAUGAGCGCACUGUAAAUUUGGCACCAUAUGUGGUGAGGGCAGCCAUUUUAAAAGAUGUGAUACUUUGAUAAAGCUAUUAAAGAAGAAAGAAAAGCUAGACUGUAAACAAGAAUGAAAUCCUUUAAUGACUUAAAUGAUUGCUUUUUCAUAAAAUGCCUGGACUAUUUUGCAAUGGUAUAAGUAAGAAAAAUUAAGGUAUAGUAAGGAAACAAUUCCGGUUGAUAGCAUUUUGGAUCGAGAGGGUACAUCUUCCGUGUCUGCUAUCUUUAUUGAUCUAUCAUUUUCGUGAUGUUUAUAUACCAGUCGAUAAAAAAUUCCACUGAAUUCCGGUAUGUUUAAAUCUCAGGAUAUAAGCCCAAAUUAUUUUGGUUUGAAUCGUAUCCCGAAAUGAGGAAGGAGUAGUUCGAGCGCAAAAUGUUGGAAAUGAUUUAUUUUCUUAUGACAGGACCAACCUUGAAAGUGAUUGACCUUGGAAUUAUAUUUUCAAAGAUCCCGGAAUUAGAAUUGCGUAGAUCUUGUGUAGACGAAUACAAUAAAAAGUAUUUAACCCCUUCCAAACUGAACUUUCUUAUAGUAGUUUAUGGUCAAAUCCAUAUUUAAAAUAAAACUUUAUUCGUUUCUGAAUUUUAUGAUAAUCAAUAAGUGAGAGUUCCUUUAGUAUAGAAAACAGAAAGACCAAACAAAAAAACGCAAUUCAGUCAAGGGGUCUUUUAUAAAUGUUAGAUGUUCUGGAGAUGGGUUACUGCGAUUUUCAAAAUUUUGCGAAAUCUCGCCGUCGAUUUCCAACAGUUAAAUCGCCUUUUGGCUUCCGUCAUUCAAAGUCUUCGAAGCGGUUUUAUUGGCUAGCACUGAAAUGGCUUACAAUCCCGCCAUUUCUUCAUAAGGCGCUGACCAAUCAAAGAGCACUAAAUGAUGACUUUGACUCUGACUUUGAAUGGCGGAAGUCAGAAAGCGGUUUAACAAUUGGAAAUUAUUUCCAGUUCGCAGACUUAUGAAAAUUGCAAUAACGAAUUAGCAGUAAAGCGCUCAAAAAGCUGGCAUUUUUAGAGUGUUGUCGCUGACCGAUUUCCUCAGAGAAAAUGUUGCAUUUUCGUUGCUUCUCCUUACACUAUAUUCAGAACAUUGAAUAAUCUCUUUAUUUCUUAUUCUUUAUGCAGUGGUACUUGUAUAAUAUGAAAUUGAUCAUUUUGUUUGUCACCAGCAAGCUGUAUUAUACUCGAUCUUUUUGACAAAAAGAAAUAGUUUCUUCUUAUGAAGAAUAUUCCAAUGUAAAGUUAAAGGUAGAAUUAUAUAACAGUCUAGAUAGUAACUACAACGUGAUGGUAAAUUAUGUUUAUCGCAAAAAAAGAUGAUAUUCUUAAAUUUGCUUUAGUCCAGAAUAGACCAUAACAGAGUGGUAUCCAAAAGCCAGUGAAAAUAGAAAAUAUCACUUAAAGACUAAUAUUCUGAAAGCGAAUUAUUACAAAGUAAAAAUAAAUGUCUACGUGUAUUUCGCGAGUUUUUGGAGACCACUUCCAAUGGAGAAAAACCUUUAUUAUCUUUUGUGCCGCUAGUGUAAAGUCUAGCUCAGACGACGCGUUUUUUGCAUGUACCGUUCCAAAUGUGAAUGCAUGCAAAUAAAUAUGGAACAAUCGGCUACGUCAUUUGCAUGUAUUUGCAUUUGGAGCGGCGCACGAGAAGAACGUCGUCAAACUAUGCCUUAUGGUGCAAAUGUGCCAACGAAAAGUGAUAUGACGUCAAACAUUGAAUCAUGUCACAUAUUACGUCACUAAUGGGCAUGGCGUUCAUGUCACAUGAUUUCUAUGUUACAGCUGAUCUAAGUUGUUCACCUAAAAAAAUAUUUCCAGUACAGUCACGUGACUCACUGUGGUAUUCACAUUACCGGAGAAGUUGCUGCAUAUUUUAAUUUAACGCGCUUCGCUAACAGUCCGCUCAGUCUGUAACAUUCUGAUAUUCUACUUGCAUGGAAAAAGGGAAAAUUUAGCACGUGACAUUUCUGACAUUGGCAAUGUCUUUUAGUUGGACAACCCUUUUAAGGUUGGCUGUAUAUUUUAAUAUGGCUCGAUGGUUUAAUGUUCGGGGACACUGCGUUAUAGUAGUGUUAUGCGGUCCGUUUUGCGACCGAAAUGUAAAGGCAGUACUGUGUCGCUGACAACCUCCGGUUACCCGGUUACCAGGAAUCUCGUAUUUGAUCAGUGGUACGUUGAGGUCUCUUAGGGAUAAGUAGGGGUAGUGUUGAUAGGAAAUGAAUCGAGAUUACGAAUUUGAGAGGGUACGAGUGUGUCCUCGAAUAAUCUGUAUUUUUGUACACAAUAUUAAAAAAGUAAUAAUAAAAUAUAAAUAUUCUAUCGA